AUGGAGAAGAGCAAGCCUGUGAGGAAGUCGUACACUUCGACGGCGGAUCUUCUCACCUGGACGGAGAAUGCACCGAUGGAGUCUCCUGCAGCGGAAGUCGCCUCUCGCCCCGGGAUCCUCUCUCACCAGGUGAGGUGCUCCUUUUCUUGUUGCUCCGCGGCGAGAAUGGCCGCUGGGACCGUGAUUUCGGGAAAUGAGUAUGUGUGUCGAUUUUUAACGAGGGAAUGCUGCAGCCUUCGGCAGGUAUAAGCGCGGUGCUCUUCGGUGGGCAGAUGACGGAAGAGGAGGCAGAGUCCCUGAUGAAAACGUGAGAUCUGGAGUCCUCGUCCUCUGUUUUGCCGUGAUCCUUGUUGUCCAUGUGGUCGACAACUAGUUACUCUUGUUGUGCGGAUUCACUGUGGCUUUGAUAUUUCGAUUUUGAAUUUUUUGUUUUCUCUCGUUGUUCUUCAACUCCGUGGACGUCGGUAUUCCGUGAUCUUCAUGUGUCAUCAUUUGAUCUGUCGGAUUGUCGAUCACGAGGCGUUCUGAUUCUUCUGAUGCGUCCGUCAACUUGUCAACUUCUUCACUGUAGGAGUUUCUCCAGUUUUCUUUUGCGCGUGUGCCCAGCUGGGGAAUAUGACAACACUAGGACAAAACUGGACGGUUCCUGCAUGAGCGGCGUUUGGUUGUUAAAAUUUGUCUCAUAAUGCUGUGCAGUUUGUCGUUUUGUCUAGAGUGUCUUUUCUCCAUUCUCUACAGUAAAACUGUAGAUCUGGUUGCGAUACGUUUCUUCUAGUCCCUCCUCCCCCCCCUCAUUGAUUGAUUUCUACCUUAUUUCUCUAGAUGGGUCUAUUUAUGUCUCCGAGAUUAGCCACUGUCUUUCUUGGGUACUGGCGUGUGACCGAUCGUUCUUCUAGGCGGGACUCUGCAUAUCUGAUCUCCAUGAUUCUUCAAUCCACAACAAUUAUCACCUCCUUUGAACUAGAUGAUUUUGUUUUAUUAUAUUGUUUAUGAUUCUUCCGAAGACAUUUUUCCUUUCUCUAGGAUUUUACUUUAUCCAUCAACUCAUGAUAUGUUUGGCGUUAUUCCAGUAUUCUUUAUAUGACAAGGGUUCUGCUCUUUUGAUGUUUUGGGGGCUAACAAGUUUUGGAUAUUUAAUUCAUCUUCAUGGUCAAUCGAUAUAUGAUAUCGACGACUGAUCCAGAAACUGAUCUGACUCUCUCAGGAUACAUUCAGUAUCUGAAUUUAUUUGUCACUUUGAUUUGAGCUGAUACCAACUCAGAUCAUUUAUACUAGGACAUCUAUGGAUUUAAGAGGAGACUGACCCAGGAAAGACAGAUUGACUAUAUUUUCUCUCCGAAAUAGAACAUACAGUAUGAUGUUUGGAUCAUCUUUUAAGCAUUCUGUCUUUCCUCAACUGUCCUUUAUUUCUCAUACUCCAUGUAGCCGUGGGUAGAAGAAACAACUGCUAUUUUUACUAGUUAAUCUUUCUGCCGUUCUUAAUGCUGACGGAGAGCAUAGAUCUAAAAAAGCUUCCGAGAUUUUAGUGAGGGGCUGCAAUAAUUAAAUAGGUCACAUUAGAUUAUUAUCGCCUGAUAAAGUGGUAAAAUGGGUAGACACCUCUCUGUGUGAUUCUAAAUGCCACCCCAUUUGUUUUUUUUAAGGAAAUGGUGGGUCUGGCCAUCCACUCAAACAUCACAUUGGCAGAGAUUCUGAAAUGCUUAGACGAAAUCUGAAGGAUUUAGAUGCCGUUUGUGGAAAUUGAUUAGUGAGAAGCUUUUGUGGUAAAAAAAUAAAUGUUUUUACUUGAUUCUUUUCUCUCUUCACGUAGAUUUCCCUAAUGUCAUCCCCCCCCUUAACCAGACCCAUCUGGUUUCAUCUUUGCUCUCAUUAACUCCCUCCAUGGACUGUACUAUUAUUUCUGAUCAUCAGGCGAUCUGACAGUAAGAGGUUUGCCUUAAAGAAUUGUGUUAUAAAUUACAUGCUUUUAAUCAUCACUUGGAUUAUACCGCCCGCCGAAGCAUAAAGCGUUACUUCUUAACGGAAGGAAUCAUCAGCCUCCCCUUGCUUUUCACCUUGCUCUCAAUCCUCCGCACCUCUCUUAAUUCUUCACUUUUUUCUGUACUCGCAGGAAACCAUGUUCAAGCUCGAAACUGAAAGAGAUGACAGGCAGCGGUAUAUUCGCAGGAGAUCAAGACAAUGGUGCAUCAGAGGCCGAUGCCACCUUCUCGACUCCCAACAAUCGAACAGGCUUGCGUCUUUAUCAGGUAUAAUACUAAUAAUAACGAUAAUAAAUCAUGAAUGGAUCAAUCAACCAAUCUGUGUUUUAAAUGUAUACUGGACCUGUGAACCGUUUCUGUUAUUGGGUCAUGCUGUGUUUUUGGAAAGAAACUGAAUCAGGUUGGGCUGUGUUAAAAACAGAAAGUCAGCCAUGCCGUUUCAAAUGUAUGCUGUCUUCGAGUUGACUUCCUUGUGAUGCUUUCAGAAUCGUACGAGAUAGAUGAUUUCUUAUGCCUUUCUUUUCACAGUAGCAGGCUAUAUAAUACUCAAUAAUAACAAUAAUAAAUCAAUCAAUUAGCCAUCUGUGUUUUGAAACGUAGACUGCAGCUGCGAGCCGUUUCUUUUAUUGGGUCAUGAUGUGUUCUUGGAGGAAGUUGAUUCAGUUUUAAAUAAGUCAACCAGCCCUCGAUUGUCUCUUCAAGUCAACAGCCUUGCCACGAUUCCAAAGUCCUACAAGAUCUAUAAUUUCUUCUGCCUUUUUCAUGUUUUUUUUUUUUUUUUUGUUUACAGCAAGCGGCUUGUGUGGUCAGCCAGAUCUCAUUCAGCGCCGAGGAGAGCGUUUCUCCGAAGAAGCCGACCACCCUGCCGGAGAUGGCGAAGCAGCGAGAGCUGAGUGGCACUCUGGAGACCGAGAGUGAGCGCGACGCCAGGAUGAAGAAACAGCUAUCCGAGGCCAAGAACAGGGAGCUCAGCGGGCACGGGAUCUUCACCCCCCCGCCGGAGAUUGUGCCCCGGCCGCCACCGCUGUCUGCAUCACACGCCGCCAACGUAUCCGCUGUGAGUGUGACCGCUUCCACUUCCGACUUAUCGUAACAUAAUUCGAGCUCCCUCCUCUGAAAAUUUUGACAAAGAAUCCUGAAAUUUUGAUAGUUUUAUGGGCUUUAGAGUGUACCAUUACAGAGAGAGAGAGAGAGAGAGAGAGAGAGUAGGUUUGAUAGGUUCAGCUCUACUUGUGAACUGGUGGGAUGGAAUCAUUAAUUUUGGUGUUUGUGGUAGCAGCUGAGCGGAGGGCUGAGCAGCAUCAUACUGGGGGAGGAGCCGGUGCUGAAGACGGCGAAGAAGAUCUACGACCAGAAGUUCGCCGAGCUCAGCGGCAACAACGUCUUCGGCGGCAGCAAUGGCGGAGGCGGCGGCGGCGGCACCUCGCCCCCCUCUGCCGAUAAGCCGCUAAGCGUGGCCAAGCUGCGGGAGAUGACCGGCAGCGACAUCUUCGCCGACGACAAAGUCUCCUCCCGCGAGUACUACGGCGGCGUCCGCAAACCCCCUGGCGGCGAGAGCACCAUCGCCCUCGUCUAA